CUAUUUCCAGCAGCGUGCCUCGUGAAACGCGCACUUACAAUCGUCGUGGUCAAGCUGCGCGAUAUCGCGUGGCUCUUUGAACGUGCUAACUUGGAUGACCAUUGACCAACCCCGUGCCUCGUGUUCAUGGAACCUGCGGCUGUAACCCAGUGCUGACAGCCUAGAGCCUUCAUUGGUUGCGUCGAUUGCGCCGUUCCAUAAAAGUAUUCGCUCCACUCUUCUCCACUUCCACUUGCUUGGUAUCAUCAUCAUCUUUUGUCUUGCUGUAUUACAACAGACUGCCAAUAACCACAACAUGGCAGAAUUCCCUGACUUCAAUUUCUCACAACCGAACUCGAGAUCGGACAUUCGGAUUGACACGAGCUUAACUCGCCCACUGAGCGGUGGGCGGGACUUCCCUGCCGAGUCCUCUCGGGAUCGGUACUCUCGUCAGAGUGGUCAAACGCAAGGACGUCGUGCGCAAGACGUCACGUGGAUAUCGGCAAGUCAUUCUCAAGGGCCUUCAACGCAUACACAUACCCCGCCGACAACGCGGUACAUACCCCCGCCUGGUUUUCAACAGGUGCGAACGCCCACCCCUGUGCUACACAGGUCAGGACCAACGUCAGACUCGGACGUGGAUUACUUCAAUGUCACUCUGGAGGAGGGGAGAGACGGAUGCGAUGACGAGGGUGAUGGGCAUGGUUAUGGGUUCAGCGACGUGGCACCCCCAGAGAUUCACUGCAAGAGCGAGAAGCGGAACCUUGUUGGGGGCAUUUUCAAUGGUUUGCGACGGCUCCCUAAAGUGAUGUCUAGAAGUCGAUUAAAGGAACACAAGCCGGAUCGACAUGGCAUUCUAGGAACCACAGACGCAAGCAGAACGACCUUACCCUUACCUCUGCACCAUUCUUCUUCGUCUCCCAUUCCAAAAAUCAACUCGGACUAUAUUCCAGCUGUUGAGCGGCUCGGAACCCCACCGCGUGCUAUGUCUGCGACACCCCCGCAGCGCCUUUCCGCGGUUGAUGAGAAUACCUUUGACAACGAUCAGAGCCGAUCUUCUGACUGGACCUCAGACCCUUUCUGACCUUGGGCACGUCUAUGUCCAGUCGUGGCUUCGAGCCUCGCUUGUCUGGGCCCCUCGCAAUUUCUACUCCGGUGCUCGCCGAACCGCGCCCAUCCCCCGAUUUCCAAAAGAUGGAAGAUCCUCGUCCACCUCCAGAAGAGUCAGUCGCAUCACAGCUGGCUCGAAUCCGUAAGAUUUUUCCGUGAUCUGAAUGGUCUUCCUUGGAUUGCUCCUAG